AUGGCCCGCACAAGAACGGGCCGUGGCGCUCCGGAGUCUCCGGGAAAUGAUGUCCAGGACCCUCGUUCUGUGCGGUUGACACGACGUCGAGCAGGCGGCGCAAACAUGACGGAACGCGUCGAAAGCACCGAGACCACCACCGUUUCUGCAUCUGCUACAUCUCGGCCAACGACGCGAGGUAGGGGAAGAGAUAAGGUCGCCCCGACGAGCACCACAUUGCGAGAGAUGGCGGAAGAACGGGAAGAAAGGGAGGAAGAUGUGGAGAAGAGGGAAGAGGAAGAUCUGUACAGAAACGAGCCAGUUGCACGCUUCAAUGCGAAGGAGAUUGUGCGAGACAUCAACCCCCAAGAUAACGACAGUGAAAUGGGAUCGCAGAGCAUCUCCGGCACACAGAGAUAUGCGACCCCGGCCUACAUGACUGCUGCAUACACGUUAUUCUCAAAAGCACCGGGCUCAUCAGCACCGAGAGCUUCACAAGGACGCUCACAGCUACCGGGAAUAGAGGAUGACGGCAGUGACGACGAGUCGGAGAAAUCCGAAUUCGAAGAUGACGCAUCCCAGGAUCUCGUCGAAGCAGAACUAAAGGAGAACGCGCUCGACUCAUUAUGGCACGAAUCCGAAGCCCUAGCGAGACUGCUCCGGAACCCAAAACCAGGUAGCAAAUCCUGGCACCGACUGCUGCCCGUCUUCCGGGGCAACUGGUUCCGCAUCCGCGAGUUUUUCGUGGAGACCGACGCGCUCUUCAUCGACCUCCUCACCAGCAUCGAGGACAUUAGCGAAAGGCAGCAGAUGAAGGCGCGGGCCGUCAUCAUCGGCGCCAACGCCACGUCGCUACUCAACGUCAUAUCCGACGCCGAGCUUCGCAAGGAGGACAACUUUGAUAGGGUCUGGAAGAUCUUCGAGCGCCUCGACGAGGACUUUCCCGCACCGCUGUGCCCAUACGACGACUACGCCGACCACGUUACCGAAGACGACAUCGAGCUUGCACUCGACAUUCGCACGCAGCGGCUGAUUACGAGCCUGAAGGCCUUGCAGGACGACCAGCAGAAUCCUGCUGACAUCGCAGCGGAGCUUUUCUGCGUGCCUUUAGAGUCCUCUAUCGAUGCGGAAGAGGCUCUCCAAUAUGGACCGUUCAGGGGCAUCAACGGCCGCAUGGCGGAGCGUUUCGCAGAGAGGGCAAAACAAAUUUACGACGCCAUCGUGGACAAGAACGUGGAUGAUGCCAUCCAGGUCCUCGACGAGAUGUUCCCGCUCGAGGGGUCGCCUGAUCAGUCACAGAACGAAGCCGACGACGAGCCGGCCGACUUCAUCGGCAAGAUUUCCUCCUGGUGCAGCAAGAUGAUCGACGAACUCAGUGUCAUCUUGAAGGACCCGCCGCAAGGGCCGAGGGAAUCUUCUCCGACGGACUCCCUCCCCUCGAGCGCGCCACAGGAUAUAGUCCGCAACGACGUGCGCGAAGACAUCUUGUCCCGGUCAAACGUGCAACUCCUAGCAAAGCUCUCCCGCGAGCACCCCUCGCGCACACGUCCGUCUCCAUCACUAGCAAACUCCCAGCGCGGAUCCCAACGCAGCUCUCAGCGCGGAGCCACCGCCGAACCCAUCAUCAACGGCGGCAUUGGCGACGACUACUACGAAGAAGAGGCAGAGGACCAUCGUCGCCGUAACCCCUCCCCGGCGCCGAGCGACCUCUCAGCCAUCAUCGCAGGCCUCCCCAGCACCGCAAUCAUCCGCAGUAGGCAACCUUCUUCCUCCUCCGCCAAAGCCGGCCCCAGCACCGCCGCUCCGCGCUCCUCCGACUUCAUAGCCGUCAACAACAGCGGCAGAAAACGCCCCCGCGAAACCUCCCUCUCGCACUCCCAACAUUCCCAAGAGUCCGACGACCCCUUCGAAGAAGACAACCGCGACCCGAACCCCCAACGGAGAGCCCAACUCGCCCGCGACCGCCGCGACAUGCCCCCUCCCCCCUCGAAACGCAAAACCCUCCCCUCAACCGCACCACCACCCCCACGCCAGCCCUCUUCCUCCGCCUCAUCAUCAUCAACAACAGCAACAACCACCGCCCUCCAACGACGCCCCCGCUCCUCCCUCCCAACCAGCGCCCCAGCCUCCUCAGCUCCCGCCUCCACCUCCGCCUCCCGAAGCAGCGUCUCGAGCACAGCCACCACCGUCGCCUCCUUCCGCGAAAUCAACGAGAUGAACCGCCGCCCAGCGUCCCGCGCCGGCCCGCAGCAGCGCGUCCCCUGGUCCGACAAAGACACCCACCGCCUCAUCCGGCUCAUAGAACACCACAACUGCCUCUGGGCGCUCAUCGCGAAACGCCAGAUCGCCGCUGCCGGCAAUCUCGGAGGCGGCUACGGCGGCGACAGCUUCGAGGAGAGGGAGGACUGCGUCUUUGAUCACCCGCGAGACCAGCAAGCUAUCCGCGACAAGGCGCGGAAUCUCAAAGUCGAUUUGUUAAAAGCCGACUUGAAUCUCUACCCGGGCUUCGACGGUAUCGCCCUCGGUAAAAAGGAACGCCUGGCCCUCAUCGGCCGCGGAAAGAACCCGGACCGGAGGGAGGGCGACGUCGACGCGGCGGGCGAGCCCACGCAUACCGAGUACGUGCCGCUGGAGAGUGACGACGAAGACGAUGAGUUGUAG